CAGAGAGUGGAGGGAAAAGAGGGCUACUCCUCCUCACUCCUCCUCACUCCUCUUUCUCCAUUCACAGAGAAAGCUCUGAGCUCCUUCUUGAAUGGACUCCAUCUCUCCGAGCCAAAACUUGUUUACUGUUGUUGUGGACGAAAACUGAAGAUCACCACUGAUCACCGUCUGGUUUUUUUUUCUUCUUUUUUCUUUUUCUUUUGCUGAGAAACUUGGCUGCAGAGACUUUGCUGUGUCGCCAUGAACUUCUGUACCUCUGUCAGACUUGAUGAGUUUCCAGAGCGCCUGUGUGUGGUGUCGUAGACGACUGAUUCAGAGAAGAGCUGAGAAAAAGAAGACGUACUCCUUAAAGUGACUGAAAGACUCCCAAGGAUUAAGAAGGUGGACACAGGGAGACGGAUCGAAUUUAAAAAUAGCCUUCCUUUAUCCCAGUUCUCUCCCCUGGACCGCCAUGGGUUCAGAUGUACGCGACCUAAACUCCCUGCUGCCCCCGGUCCCGGCGGGCCCCAGCCCUGGCUGCCCGGCCCUUCCCGUCAGCACGGCCCCUCAGUGGGCUCCCGUCCUUGACUUCCACACCGCCCCCUCCCCUUACACCUCUCUGGCUGCUCCCCACUCUUCCCUGGGGGCGCACUCCUUCAUCAAACAGGAGCCCAGCUGGGGGGCCGCCGGUGACCCCCACCACCACGAUGCAGAUCCCCAUUGCCUCAGCGCUUUUACCGUCCACUUCUCAGGGCAGUUCACGGGGACCGGGGCCUGCAGGUACGGUGCGGCAUUCGGGGCACCACCUCCUCCGCCGGCCCCGAGCCAACCGCCACCCGUGGCCGCCCCGCACCACCACCAGCCCCCGACCAGGAUGUUCAGCAACCCGCCGUACCUGACCAACUGCAUGGACACGCAGCAGGCGGCCCGCAACCAGACAGGUUACAGCACAGUUGCAUUCGAUGGAGCCGGUAAUUACGGUCACACUCCUACGCACCACAGCUCGCAGUUCUCCAACCACUCCUUCAAACAUGAAGACGCUUUAACUCAGCAGAACACGAUGGGUGAGCAGCAGUAUCCUGUACCUCCUCCUGUCUAUGGGUGUCACACACCUUCAGAUAGCUGUACGAGCAGCCAGGCUCUGCUUCUGAGGAACCCUUACAACAGCGGUGAAAAUUUAUAUCAAAUGACCUCUCAGUUGGAGUGUGUGGCAUGGAACCCUGUCAAUACACUGGCAUCCACCAUAAAGAGCCAUGCAGCCAGUUAUGACAGUGACCCCAGCACCCCGAUGGUUUACAGCUGCAGCACGCAGUACCGCAUACACACACAUGGAGUCUUCAGGGGAAUACAGGACGUGCGGCGGGUGCCCAGCAUCGCUCCAGCCAUCGUGCGGUCAGAAAGCAGCGAGAAGCGCCCAUUCAUGUGCGCCUACCCAGGAUGCAACAAGCGCUACUUCAAGCUGUCCCAUCUGCAGAUGCACAGCCGCAAACACACAGGGGAGAAACCCUACCAGUGUGAGUUCACAGACUGUGGCCGCAGAUUUUCGCGUUCUGACCAGCUUAAAAGACACCAGAGGAGGCACACAGGAGUAAAACCGUUCCAAUGCGAGACGUGUCAGAGAAAGUUCUCUCGGUCUGACCACCUUAAGACACACACACGGACUCAUACAGGUAAAACAAGUGAGAAGCCGUUUAACUGCCGGUGGCCCAACUGUCAGAAGAAGUUUGCCCGAAGCGACGAGCUGGUACGACACCACAAUAUGCACCAGAGGAACCUCACCAAGCUCCAGCUGUCCAUCUGAGUGUGUCUCUACAGCCCGUUUCCAAGACUAAAAUAUUAACAUGUUAUUUUGCUUAGCCCAAAACAAAACAGCCUCCGCGGGAGUCUUAAUCGGACAUUUAGGACUUAACUUUUACGAGCUACACACCACAGUCUGCACUCUGAGGUGAAAUGAAAUCUGUCUAAAAUCAAGGAGAAUUCUGACAUCGGAAAAGGGGAUGUAGUCUUGGAAACUGCAGUUUCAGGAUGUUGUAUAUAUCACUUAGUUCAUCAGUUCAGUUGAUCUCAAGGCCAACUCAGAUCAGCUCAUACCUUCCUUACCCAUUCAGCUGGCUCUCUCAUACAGGCUGAACCAUUUAAGCUCUCCACUUGCAACCUACCUACACCUGUGCUCCACCUUUUAUGCUGUAUCUGACUUAAGCAUCUCAUCUUCGUUCUUAAAACCUGCUGUGUCCUGUGAGCAUGAAACAGGGGGGUGUCUCAGAACAGUGCCAUGCUUCCAGUAUAAAUCACUGCUGAUGGAAAUGCUAAUCUUCUUUUACUGACGUGUGUUUUUGCUUCUGUCAACAAAUGCAAAAAAAUCCAAAAACAAAACCAUCAAUGUGUGAAAAUCGCAGAGACCUCCCCAAACACCCUCAUGCAGAGUUAGUACACUGCUAUGUUAUCUGGUAAGAUGCUAUAUUGGCCGGUCAUAGUCCUGGUAGAGUACUCAAUGGUAAUUUCCCACUGAGGUUUUAAAUACUUCUUAAAAUAUAAAUGUCCACUGUGAAGCAUUUUAUCUUCAACGAAUUACUUCAAACUCACUGUUUUCACCACCACAUCUACAUAUUUUCAUGCUCUCUCAAUAUUAUCAUUUCUGCAAUAUAUCUGUGUUAUUCUGAGCUCCAAACUCACAACAUUUGGCCAUAUAUGUAUAUUUUUCUUUAUAUACAUAUAUAUAUGUGGAAUAACUUCCAAAAACACCUGAGCACUAGCAGGUUUUUCUCAAACAGCAAAACGUAGUUCUCAGACUGAUGUCUGCUGAGGAUCUGGCUCAGUAGCGAGUGUAUGCUUCAAAACAGCAUGUGUAGGUAGGACAUAAAUUAAAUUACUAAGAAAUAAAGAAAUCUCUGUAUGUCGACCUACACAUAGCUUGACAGCUGCUUUCUGUGGGAAUUUUCAGUGUCACUUUUGAGGUUGUUUGGAUGUUUCAGCCUCAUAUAUUAGCUAAAAGUUCUCCUUUAUUAUCCAGUGUUUCCCCUACAGUGACUGCUGCCUGCUCCACUCGGUGUGUAAAGGGGAGGGCCACAUUUACAUGGCUAACGUGAAUUUAAUUCAAAGCCUCUUACCUCCAAGUUUAGGUAUCACAGCCAAGUACCAAACCCAGGCCCUAAUAAUCUAAAACUCCUGACGUUCAAGCCAGACUGAAAAAAAAUGUGAACAGUUGAAAAAAAUUAAAAUCCUUCAUCACGCUGUUGGUCUUCUCAUAAAGAUAGCUCUAUUUUCUAUGGUUUCCAGUCACAGAUGACUUCUAUCACUCAUGUUUGGAGGAGGAGCUCCAACCUGCCACAGUCACGCACACACACGCCUUCAGCGAGUGUAUCCUUGUAGCUGUUCUCAGUAACUUUAUGGCUGUGACGCCUUUAGGGGAUGUUUGUAAACUGUAGCCAUAAAAAAAUAACCCGUGUUGCACUCUCUCCAACCUGCGCUAAUUAUGGCACAUGCUAGUUAGUGCAAGGCUGAUAUGUUUAAUUAUUGUGGCCUCUGUGACACAGAGGAGUAAUGUUUGAAUGCAGCCCACUUCCCCAGAUGAUGGUGUUUUUAUGGGAUUUGUUGACAGUAAAUAACAUACAACCUAAACAGUUUUAUAUAGAUUCUCUGUACUCAUGUUUCACGAGAACCAAGAAGAGAUGACAAAAACAAAAAAGCUUCACCUGAUAGUUUUGCUUGAAAGUAAAAUGUGUUUCCACCUGCAUAAAAUAUUAUUUCAGGCAAAUAUUGGGUGUAAAUGUUCUAAAAAUGUAUGCAAAUCUUUCAUUUUACAUUCCCAUGCCCGGUAAGUGUUCCAGAGGAUGCCAGAUCUUAACUGUUCAAUGCUGCAGAGUGAGGUCAAAGGUUAUAGUCAGCAGCCUACAAACCUACAGCUUAGCGCCUUUUCAGCUGUUGUAAAUAUUUAUUUUAUAAAACUACUUUAAGAAGGCGCACACGUUACCAUUUUGCAUAUAAAACCUGCUUUCACUGGACGGAUUAAAAGCAGAGAGAGAGCUUUUUAAUUAAAAAUAAGCUGCUUUUAAUCUGAAAGAAUCAAAUCAAGAGAAUAACUUGCAUCUUUGACCCUUUGCAGCACUCGCUCUGUGAAAGCUUUUGGUGUUUUGUCUGGUCUGCAUAAAAUAUCUCGUCGCCACAAACAUGACUUUACAGCUGUAUUUAAAAAGCUGAACUUUUUUUAAUUGUUGUUGUUGUUGAUUAAUGUGACUUUUCUUUCUUGGAGCUCAGUUGUCUCUUGUCCCUGUGGUGUGUAAAUAUUGCUGGACUUUGGCAGUGUUUUCAGCACUGCGAGCUUUAAAAUAUGUCUGCUGGGUCACACUGGCUCUGUGGCCGAGACAUUAUGGUCAAGAUGUAAAUAAUACUUCUUCAUCAUGGGAACUGAACUGUUUUCAUAGGGGGAAAGAUGUAAAUUAACUGAUAUAUAUUAGACUUCUCUUUGGAUGAAUCCAGAAACUGUUUAUAUUUUUCUUUCUUUUCUUUGAUGUGUAUUAAUAUUGGAGUCAUAAAACAGAAAAUGUCAGUGAAACAUUUUGUACUCAAAGUGUGAGAUUGAAAAUUUCUCUCUGUUUAAAUGUCUUGUGACUGUUUUGAUACAGUAAGAUUUGGCCACUGUG